CUCGGGGGCGGGGCGGAAGCCGCGUCUUAGGCUGUGUGACGCGCCGCCGUCGCGCUGCCGCGCUGUCGACGCCGCGUGUCCCGGGCGGGUGCGGAGGCGCUGCCAGGAGUUAUUGGACCUUCUGAAGACUCUCCCUGGACCUCAGAUUAAAAGUCUGUAUUCUGAUCUGAACCGUGGGAAGAAAGGAUAGUCGGUGAGUGGUAUUCCUACUUGAAGGAAAUGAUGUUUUCCAGACUAGCUCAUUUGCAGACCGUUGCUGUGCUCCGUCGUGGAGUUCAUUCUUCAGUAGCUUCUGCUACGUCUGUUGCAACUAAAAAGACAAUCCAAGGCCCUCCAUCUUCUGAUUACAUUUUUGAGCGAGAAUCUAAAUAUGGUGCACACAACUACCAUCCUUUACCUGUAGCCCUGGAAAGGGGAAAAGGUAUUUACGUAUGGGAUGUAGAAGGCAGAAAAUAUUUUGACUUCCUGAGUGCUUACAGUGCUGUCAAUCAAGGCCAUUGCCAUCCAAAGAUUGUGAAUGCUCUGAAAAAUCAAGCAGACAAACUGACCUUAACAUCCAGGGCUUUCUAUAAUAAUGUACUUGGUGAAUAUGAAGAGUAUGUUACUAAACUUUUCAACUACCACAAAGUUCUUCCUAUGAAUACAGGAGUGGAGGCUGGAGAGACCGCUUGCAAACUUGCUCGUAGGUGGGGAUAUACCGUUAAGGGUAUUCCAAAAUACAAAGCAAAGAUUGUUUUUGCAGCUGGAAACUUCUGGGGGAGAACAUUGUCUGCCAUCUCCAGUUCCACAGACCCGAGCAGCUACGAUGGUUUUGGACCGUUUAUGCCAGGUUUUGAGAUCAUUCCAUACAAUGAUCUGCCUGCUCUCGAGCGUGCUCUUCAGGAUCCAAACGUUGCAGCGUUCAUGGUAGAACCAAUUCAGGGUGAGGCGGGCGUCGUCGUUCCGGAUCCCGGUUACCUGAUGGGUGUGCGAGAGCUCUGCACCCAGCACCAGGUUCUGUUUAUUGCUGAUGAGAUUCAGACAGGAUUGGCCAGAACUGGAAGGUGGCUGGCUGUCGAUCAUGAAGGGGUCAGACCGGAUGUAGUUCUUCUGGGAAAGGCACUUUCUGGAGGCUUAUACCCUGUAUCGGCGGUGCUGUGUGAUGAUGAAGUAAUGCUGACCAUCAAGGCGGGGGAACAUGGGUCCACGUACGGAGGCAACCCGCUAGGCUGCCGAGUGGCCAUUGCAGCCCUGGAGGUUUUGGAAGAAGAAAACCUUGGCGAAAAUGCAGAAAAAAUGGGUAUCAUCCUGAGAAACGAGCUCAUGAAGCUGCCAUCUGACAUUGUCACUGCUGUCAGGGGGAAAGGAUUACUAAAUGCUAUUGUUAUUCGAGAAACCAAAGAUUAUGAUGCUUGGAAGGUGUGUCUACGGCUCCGCGAUAAUGGACUUCUGGCCAAGCCGACCCAUGGCGACAUCAUCAGGUUUGCACCUCCGCUUGUGAUCAAGGAGGAUGAGAUUCAGGAGUCCGUGGAAAUCAUUAACAAGACCAUCUUGUCUUUCUGAGGAAGGACAGUUUUCAGUGGGGUCCGGUGCCGGCGGAGACAGUUCGAGCAAGUCCUGGAGCGCUCCUGGGCCUGACGUAGGCAUGUGCCACUCCUCAGCAUCUUCAAGGACUUUUUUUUAAUAUACAUUUUUUUUCAGUUGAUGCAUACUAGAAUGACAUUUAUAAACAUGCAGUUUGCUAUGUAACGUGACUAAGAGAGUGGAAUGGCAUCUCUAUUCGACUGUUUCUGUGUGCGUAUGUGCUUUAUAAGGUGAAAUGUACCCACCUGUAUAUAGAGAACCUUUUAAUCAAGCCCUUCAGUAUAAUUUAUGUGUUUUUAUCGUUUCCUUACUGAUACAAAUGUUUUGUGUUUGAGAAAGUUACAUGGGAUAGUAGUACAAGGAAGACUUGCUUAACCUUAUAAAGUUAAGUUCUCAUCAUUAGUUUUUAGGAAGGAUUAAUGGUUAAGCUUAUAUAAAAUACUGGAUUUCAGGAAACUUCGUAAUGGCCAACACCAGGGUGUAUCCUAUGAAUGUCACUUUGAAUUGGGAGUUAAUGUUUAACGUUCCCAAAUUAUGUUUUAAAUGAUUGAUUUGUAAGAAAGGUUUAUUUUCAGUGUUUCUUGACAUUUAAAGCAAAGCCUCUAUUUAAAGCGUCUGUUUUGUGAUCAGUGUGCUAUGACGGCAGUAACCGAUUACCUAACAUUUUUAAGCUCUUUGAGACUGUACUUGUUUUAUUUUGUGUUUUCUAAGAGCAUUUCAGCAGCUUUGGUGGUAUCUAGAAAAAUAGAAAUUAUAAAAAGAAAGUCUCUUAUUAUACUCCCUUCUCCCCUUUGACAAUAAUUGCUUUUUUUCCUAUGCUUAUUGAUAUUUACCAUUUUUAUUAAAGUAUCCUUAUUAUGCAUAGUAUUGUGCAAUUUUCCCCCUCUUUUUAAAAAAAUCUGAAUAUAGUAUUUUGGAUGCUUUUCUAUGUCAGUAAUUAGAAGUUUAUCUCACUCUGUGAUGACUAUCAUGUAAAUGUAUUGUAAUUUCAUAAUGGGGGACAUUUGAGUUGUUUCCAGUUUUUCACUCUUUAAACAAAGCUUGUGACUACUUUAUGUUUA